AAUCGUGCAAUAGACAUCCAAGGAAAGUAUUCAAAAAUGAAAUAGUUUUGACAGUUGAAUAAUUGUUAUCUAAAAGACGUAAAACAACUCCAAGUUAACACCAAGAAGCAAGUUAAUUGUCGAUCAACUCAACAGUUAAGUGAUGAUGCGACCAACUAACUUGGUCAACUCUCAAUUGAGUCCGUCUUUUGGUCUUAAUCAAAGAACAGGUUCGCCAAGCUUGAGUCCAGAGAUAAAUAUGAUGUUAAUGUCUAAUCGCAAUGAUGACAAAACAACUGACAUGGUAAAAAUCGAUGAAAUCCAUAGAGCAGUAACUUUGGGUAAUCUUCGUAAUGUUCAACAAUUAAUUGACCGAAAGCGAUUGGCAUAUUGUCGGGAUCAAAUGGGUGCAACACCUUUACACAAAGCAGUUAUUUAUGGACAGAAAGAAAUUAUUGAAUAUUUUCUCGAUAGGUUUCCUUCAACAAUCCAUACAAGAGAUAAUCGUGGACGGACUCCAUUACAUUACGCCGCUGUUUUACCCGAAAGCGCAGACUUGUAUCGCAUGUUGGCUGAAGCUGGUGCUGAUGAGAAAGCCUUGGACAUGUUUGGUAAAAAGCCAGAAGAUUAUUUAAAUCAUCAAGAUGGUGUUUCUGUGGUGGUUCUUAGGGAAAGUGCAAUUGUCACUCGUCCAUUGGGUCAACGUCGAAGCCGUAAAUCAGCAAGUCGUAUGAUUGAUCCUCAAAGUUGGUCAAAGAUCCAUUCAUCUAGAUCGUUGAUGCACCGAAGUAAUAUACGAGAGUUGAUUAAACAGGGAAACAUAACGACACUUGAAGAGAUUGUAAUCCAAGGCUAUGGUGAUAGAUUAAUUGGCGAAACUUCAUCAGCUCCACUUGUCCAAGAAUUUUUGAAAAAUGUUCCACAAUUAAUUGAACAAAUAAAUGAACUUCAUAAAGCAGCUCAACGGGGUAAUCUAAAUGAUCUGAGAAGCCUUCUGGAUAGAAAGGGAAUUGUCUUUGCUCGUGAUCAAAUUGGUUGUACUCCUUUACACAAAGCUGUCUUGUAUGGCCAACUAGAGGUUACCUCUUUCCUGUCAAGUGAAUAUCCAGCAACAUUGGAUGCUCGUGACCAUGAUGGUCGAACUGCUCUUCAUUAUGCAGCAGGAUUAGAUGAUGAACGAGCCAUUUACAAUAUUUUAGUAAAACAUGGCGCUUCACCAAAUUUACCAGAUUAUAAAGGUCGAUCAGCUGAAUAUUAUGUUCGCUUUCCUGAUCAAAUAAACAUUCAGCAGUUGAUGAAACGAAGUCAACGAUUAAAUGCUAACUACGCAAUUAACACGGCUAAUCGGAUUAAAUCAAAGUCUCCUUGCCGAAGAAGAGGAUUAUCACCUGAAGCUCGGAAACCAGAUAUUCAUACAAGUGGGUAUAAAAGUGACACUGGACUUAGUGAUCAUGAAAUUGGUGAUGCCGAUGGUGGAUCGAGUAGCGGUUCAUUGGGCGAUGCUUCACACUCUUUGUUAGCCAAGGCUAAUCUCCGAUCCAAACCUGGUAGUAGUUUAAACUUUUCAUCACCAGCAAUAUUAAGGGAAGAAGUAACUUCAGCUAAUUUGAAGCGUUGGAUACAAGAGUUAGAUUUAAAUUCACUGGAAGGUGCCAUUUUGGAAGGACAUGGUGAUCGCGUAAGAUCAAAAGUAGAGAUGUACGAUGGGGCAAAAGAAUUACCUGAUAUUCAAAAUUAUAUUCAUGAAACUUUACCAAAGGUGAUGACCAAAAUACGUAAGAUUCAUGCAGCAGUGUCUUGCGGUGACUUGACUGGUUUACAAGAUCAUUUAGAUAAAAAUGAUUAUGCUCUGGCCAAAGAUCAUUUAGGUAUGGCUCCUCUUCAUAAAGCAGUAAUUUUGGGUCACAUUGAUGUGGUCCAAUUCAUACUCGAUCGAUUCCCUGAAACAGUCAAUGCUCGAGAUCGUGAAGGUCGGACGCCAUUACAUUAUGCGGCCGCUACAACCCAUAAAAAUGGUCACAAAAUUUAUAAAAUGCUUCUCCGUUCUGGUGCAGAUUCCAGGGCUCGUGAUGCUGUUGGUAAAACAGCUGAAUAUUAUAGAGUCCAUUUUAUGCCAUUACCUUCCGAACUUUCUCGAUUAGCAGCUCAUUAUAAGCGUAAAAGUGGAGAUGGUCAUCAAGCUUCAUCACCAUUACACAAACGUCGAGGUAUCCUUUUGCCAAGCACAAGGGAAAAGAUUAGUAAUGCGUUACACGAAGGUGAUGCUUCUACAUUGCUUGAGCUUGUGCUGGAUGGUUAUGGUGAUGCGCUUUUGGGGCGAGCUAGUUGGGGUGAGGAAGCUAGAAAAUUUCUUAAAGGUUUACCACAUCUUCUUGACAGCAUACGGACACUUCAUGCUUCCAUAGUCAAUGGAGAACUGGCAAAUGUUCAAAGAAUCCUGGACACUGACCCAAAUUUGAUCAAAGCCAAAGAUGAGAACGGGUUGAUGGCAAUUCAUUUAGCUGUUUCUCGGGACCAACAAGAAAUAGUUGAUUAUUUACUGGAAAAAUUUCCCUCCUGCCUUCAACUUAAGGAUCAAUUCGGGAGAACAGGGUUACAUAUAGCAGCUCAGAAUAAACAGCAAGAUAUUUAUAAGAAACUGAUUGAUGCUGGAGGUGAUCCAAUGAUAAUUGACCAAAGAGGCAGAACGGCUGAUCAUUAUUUGAAAUUACAGGCAACAGGCGAAGCUUAUCUUAAUAAAUUAUUUGCAUCGACUCCAGUAAAAGAAGACCCCAGUAAACGGGCCAACGAUAAAUCAGUCAAUGGUGGUGAUAAGAAUGGUGUUGUUAAUGAACAUCAAGAAAACGACAAACAAGGCCAACAAUCUGAGAUCAACAUGGAAGAGAAAGCAGAAGAAGAUAAACCACAAAAUGAGGAAAAUGAAACAAAUAACAUUGAAGAAGACGAAAGCAAAAGCAACACAAACAUUACAGAGGAAGCACCAGAUGAUGGUAUUUCCGAAAAUAAUCAAGUAAAUGAUGAAAAUGAAGCCAGUAAUUCGAACAAUGAAGUAAAAACUGAAUUAGAAGAAGAUAAAUCUGGUGAAGCCGAAAUACCAGCUCAAAAUGAUGAAACUGUGAAUGAAUCUUUACAACAAUCAGCAAGUGGUGAUGAUAACAAUGCUGAUUUGGAGGAAACCAAAAGUGAAGUUAGUAAAGUGGACCAAGCUGUCGAUGCUAAAACCUUAUCUGGAUCUGAAGACUCUUUUGAUAAUGAUAACAAUCCUGAGGAAUCAGAUGAUCAUUUCAAUGAUCAAUCAACCACAGAGAAUCAGCAAACUUUGCAAAAAGAAACAGAAUCUACAGAAGAAGGUAACACCGAAGCUGAACCUGACAAACCUGAUGGUGGUAAUAAUGUUGAACCAUCUGAGGAAACUGAUAUUGAUGAGGAAAAGUUGCAAAAUAAUCGCCAAGAUGCUAUCGUUAACGAAAAUACAUCACCAGAUAAAAAGGAGACAAACCAAUCAAGUGUUACCAGUAAAAGUUCAAAAAUUGCUUUAAAAAAGAAACAAACAUCUCUUCCACAAGUUGAAAAAAAAGUUAAAGGUAACAGAAAGGCUUCCCUCCCUUCCGUAGUUAAUAAUAUAAAUAGCUCAAAAGAUCGUUUAGACAAGAAAAAGGCUGUUAACAAUCGCAACACUUCCAAUUUUGGUACCAAAGGUACGACCGAACGUGAUAAAGAGGACGGAGUCAAACCUAAUAGUGAGACCAGCAUUAAAGAUAACAAAGUUACUGAGGAAGUUGAUGCUAAUGAAUCUGCGAAGAAACUAAGCGACUCAAAUGAAGAAGAAGAGCAAAGUAAAGUUACCAUUCAAAAUGCUUCAAAAAUCGCUGAGGCUUUUAUUGGAGAUCUGCCUGAGGCUGUAAAUGUAUCAGAAGAUACAAAUGAUCCACCAAAUGAGGCUUCAAAAUUGCCGUCUUCGAUGGAAGAAGUUCAAGGUGAUAGUCAAAGCAUCAACACAAAUGAUUCUGCUCCUCCACCGACUGAGAAUAAUCAAAAUACUGAAAUAGAUAAUUCAGGUAAACUUGAAAAAGAUAACUUAUCGGAAGCCCAAUCAAAUAGCGAAACAGACGUUGAAAAACAAGCAAAAGAAAUUGUCCAAGAAUUGGUAGAGACAUCAAUUCAAGAGGCUGAAUCGAAACUUGCUCUUGAUGAAGAUACAAAGAUUACUCAAGAAAUAAAUUCUUCAAAUAGUGAAAAUAUUAGUGAAGGAAAUGGUGAAACUGAAGAGGAAAAAAUUGAACCGGAAAAUAAAGACGAUAAAAUCGACUCAAAUCAAUCGUUAGAGAAACAAGUUAGCGAAGAAAAUCCAUCUAGUGAAAUGGAUAUUCAAAAGACAAAUGAAAAUAAUGACAACAAAGUACUGCCCACUAAUGAAACAAACUCAUUAAAUAAUAUUGAUAUGGAACCUGCUGGAAAUAAUUCUGAACUAAAAAGUGAUCAGCCAACCGAUCUCACAGCUGAAACAGUACCUGCCGACAAAAAUGCUGAAAUGUCAGAGUCAGAAAGCAAAGCUGAGCCAGGAGUUGACAAAACAACAUUACAAGUCUCUGAUGAAAAGGUAGUGGGUGAUGAAACUACUGGAACCAAUGAAGAAACUACUACUGAACAAUCAAAUGCUGUAGCUGAAGAAUCAAACCAAGAAAAAGAUGAAACUGAAAAUGUUAUGGAAACUGAACAAAAGGUUGAUCUAGUUAGUGAAAAUAGCAAUGAGGAUCAGAAAGAGUCAAUUAGCGUGGUUAAUGAUAUAGUUGAUGCAAAUGGAAAUAAACCUGAACAAGCCACUGAUGAUGAUGUAGAGGAAAAUGACAAAAAGGAGUCUGGCCAUGAUCAUGAUCAACCUAAUGGCGAGAUUGAUUCAAAUGAGAGCAAACCUGAGACAGAAAUCAAUGGUUCGGGUGAACAGAAGGGUCCAGAUGUGUUGGACGAAAGUAAAUCAAGUGAUAAUAAUACUCUUACAAAUGGCAACGGCGAUGAUCUAAAUGAAAGCAUAAUCGAUAACACUGAAGCUAAAGAUUUUCUCAAAACAGGAUCAGAAACAUCCAAACCAAAAUCGAGUGAGUCUACAUCGAGUCGCUUCUUGAACGAAACAUCACCGGUAACAAACAGUGACAGUAAUAGUGAUAUGUUGAAUGAUUUAAUUGAAACAUGGCUAAAAGAAGGUGAUUUAUUACGAUUGGAGCAUGUUGUCAUCGCAGGUCAAGGGGAAAGGUUGAUUGAUAAAAAAUCGCCCAAAGAAACAGUCCAAGAGUUCUUGGAUCUUGUUCCUGCUUACAUGGCAAAAAUAAAAAAUGUUCAUGACACAGUUGUCAGAGGAAACUUCAACGAAGUCCGAUCUAUACUGACUCGCAAAAGGUUUGCCUUAAGCCGUGAUCAUGUUGGUGCAAGUCCGCUUCAUCUUGCCGUACUCCAUGGACACAUGGAUGUUCUUGUUUACAUUAUUACCCAAUUUCCCGAAACAUUAGAUGGACCUGAUAACGAAGGAAGAACACCUCUUCAUUAUGCAGCUGUCAUGGCCUCAAAGGAUCGACAGUAUUAUGACAUUUUGAAAAAAGCGGGAGCUAAUGCUUCUUUAAUCGAUAAAUUGGGCAACACAGCUGAUUAUUACCUUGAUCAUCCUGAUGAAUUGACCAUUGGUGACUUAUUAUCCAAUUAUAAACAUAAAACAGAAAGUGCAACUAAGCGAAAGGAACCAGAAUCAGUUGACGUUUGGCAGCGACCUCCAACUGCUGAUAUCGAAUCAAGAUUAACGCCAUCACCAAGUGAUUCUCAAUUGGAGGAGGAUAAAGGUCCGAUACAUCAUGAAAUAGCUGCUGAUGUUCAUGUUGAUGCAAAGAUCAAAGAAAGGCCUACUACUGGUAGUACUGUCAAUCCUGAAGAAGAUGAGGUUAAAAAGGAAGUUGAAACGAUUUCAGUUCAAUUUAAGGAAACAUUGAAAGAGGAAAAAAAUAAGCUCCAAGAAAGUAUACGUCGAAUCAUGGGCGCAGUUCCAAGUCAGCCACCAGAAAGUUUGUCAUCUGGGGAAGAGUCUGACGAGAAAAAAAGUGAAGAUACGGUUAGUGAAUAUGAAUUGUGCCAAGUAAAAGAUGAACAUGGGCGAACUGUGCUCCAUUUAGUUUCUUCAAAACCCCAGAAGAAAGCCAUUCUUUAUCAAAUGUUGGCUUCAGCUGAAUAUUUGAUUCCUGAGAGAGAUGAAAAAUAUCGAACCAUUCGCGAUGUUGCUGUUGAUGCAGGUUUAAAAGAUAAUGUGCAAGUCAUUGAUAAUUACAUUCUGGAUGCUUUUGUUCGACGUAAUGUAGGUUUUGUACAAAGAUUAUCCCAUGAAGGAUAUGAUCUAACCAAUGUGGUCGAUGAAGAAGGUCAUGAUGUUACUUCGGUUCUGAGAAAGAGAAAAAUUACAUCCAUGAUAAAUCUUUUACAAGACAUCACUUAUUUUCAAAAAUCACGAGAAGAAUUGCAUACAUUCAUCAAAAACGAUUAUAUCCAAGGAGUUUUGGGACUCAUCGAUACAGAUUCAACUCUAGUCACUGCUAAAAAUCGACGAGGCCGAACAGCUCUUCACAUUGCCAUACUUUUCGGCAACCUUGAUAUAAUCUCCAAUCUUAUCGACGCUAACCCAGGAGCCGCUUCAGUUCAAGAUAAUCUUGGAAGGACUCCGCUUCAUUAUGCUAUGGCUACUAGCAAAGUAGAACACAUUGGCAAAAUGCUAAUCAAGGCUGGUGCUAAUCGACAAAUUCGUGAUGUUAAAAUGAGAACUCCAAGUUACUAUUUCGUUUACAAUGAUGAUAUCAGAGCAAUCAGAUCGGAGGAAAAGGCAACUAUUUAAAUGAGCAUAUCAAUUGUAAAUCACCUGUAACCUUUGUAGACAACUAAAACAUAGUGAGAGUGGCCUUUGUAUUUAGAUAAGUCGCCUUUUUUCCUAGCCAGUUGACAAUCCAAUUUUUUUGGUUCGAAGACGAGAAACGUUAAGAUAAAAACUGUGAACAUAUCAAAAUUAGAUUUAUAAAAAUACAAAUUGGAUUGCAAUUCAAUGGAAUAUGCAUUUUUGUUAACAAAAUAAAUUUUACAUGAGAGUGAACCACUAAAUUGUGAAUCAGUGAGAGUCAUAAUGAAACUAUUCCUUUGUUGAUUAAAAAUGAUUACUGUUAA